AAUCAGUCGAAAUCUAAAUAAUCGGGGUUGGGCGUGACUUUUGCAAAUCCGUGAGAAAGUGCGUGUUUUUUUAGAUAUGUAACUGUAGGACGUCCAUCAUCAGAUCAAUCUCUCGAAUAUCAUGGCGCUAUCACUCAAAAUCAACAUUGUUGAAGGCAAUGUCACAAAAACUAUCGUCUUCGAUCCUACGACCACUGUACACGACGCCUGUCGAAUCAUCAGAGAAAAAUGCUCGGAAGCCAGUGGAGAAAACACAGAUUAUGGUCUCUUUCUCACCGACGAGGACAACAAAACAGGGGUGUGGCUAGAGCCGGCGAGGAACUUGGAGUACUACAUCCUGAGGAACGGCGACACUAUCGAGUACAGGAAGAAGCUCAGACAGCUGCGGGUGAAGAUGCUGGACGGCGCGAUCAAGACGAUGAUGGUCGACGAUUCGCAGAUCAUAGCCAACCUGAUGGUGGUGAUCUGCACGAAACUGGGCAUCACGAACCACGACGAAUACUCCUUGGUACUAGAGGAUAUCGAGAACCAGGAAAACAUCGAGAACCGAAACUACGGCACGCUCACCCUGAAACGAAAAAAGGAAGAACGCGAGCGCGACUUCAAGAUGGAGCAGCUGCGCAAGAAACUCCACACCGACGACGAGGUCAACUGGCUGGACCCAUCCAAGACCCUCCGUGAGCAGGGCAUCGACGAAACCCAAACCGUCUUGCUCAGACGCAAGUUCUUCUACUCGGAUCAGAACAUAGAUUCGAGGGACCCGGUACAGCUGAACCUGCUGUACGUUCAGGCCAGAGACGCCAUUUUGAAUUGUACGCACCCGAUCACGCAGGAGAAGGCGUGUGAAUUUGCGGGGAUCCAGUGCCAGAUCCAGUUCGGGGACCACGUGGAUACCAAGCACAAGCCCGGGUUCUUGGACCUGAAAGAGUUCUUGCCCCAAUCCUACACGAAAAUCAAGGGCAUAGAAAAGAAGAUCUUCUCCGAGCACAAGAAGCACCAAGGUCUGAGCGAGCUGGACGCCAAAGUGAAGUACACGAAAAGCGCCCGCUCUCUCAGCACCUACGGCGUGUCCUUCUUUCUCGUCAAGGAGAAGAUGAAGGGCAAGAACAAACUGACGCCCAGGUUGCUCGGUGUCACGAAAGAGUCCGUGCUGAGGUUGGAUGAAAAGACGAAGGAAAUUAUGCAGACAUGGCCUCUCACACAGGUGAGAAGAUGGGGCGCCAGCCCGAACACCUUCACUCUGGACUUCGGCGAUUACGCCACCCAGUACUAUUCGGUGCAGACCACCGAGGCCGAGCAGAUCAGACAGAUCAUCGCCGGGUACAUCGACAUCAUCACGAAGAAGAAGCAGUCGAAGGACCAUUUCGGGAUCGAGGGGGACGAGGGGUCCACGAUGUUCGAGGAAAGCGUCGCUCCCCACAAGGCUACUAUUUUACAGCACGAAUCCAACAAAAUUGGCAGAAUGAGCACUGACUCCUUGUCAAAACCAGUAGUGAUGAGAGUAGCUGACGGUGAAAAACCGUUCAGUAUGGGUAUAAUGAGUGGUCCCCAACAAACCACUGUUAGUGGUGCUGUACAUUUGGGCCAUGCCCCACCAACGUCGACCACCGUUCAGCAAACGAAAAUCACCACAGUCCUCACCGAGCCCCAGCGUGCCUUGAUAUCGACGAUAUCGGCCACCCAAACGCGAAUAAAAGAAUCCGAAAUCGAGCUGGAAGGAAAAGCGCACAUUCCCGAACUGGGCACGGAUCCGGGCUCGAUGAAAUGGAAACAAGUGACUUUGGACACGCGCAAGCAGAACGUCGGUUCGCAAAUCGCUGCCAUGAAUGCGGCGACAGCCCAAGUUGUCACCUUAACAUCAGGACCACAAGAUGAGGUUGAUCAUAGUGCUGUGGGUGCUGCCAUCACCACGAUUGGCAGUAACCUUCCCGAGAUGACGAAAGACGUCAGAAUGAUAGCCGCCCUCAUGGACGAUGGUAGCAUGGGUGAGAAAUUACUGGACGCUACCAGAAAACUGUGCACUGCUUUCAGUGACUUGUUGAAGGCUGCCGAACCAGAAUCCAAAGAGCCCAGGCAGAGCCUGCUGAACGCGGCGUCCCGCGUUGGCGAGGCGAGCACCGAGGUCCUGGCGAGCAUCGGCGAAGACACCGUCGAGAACAAGGAGCUGCAGGACCUGCUCUUGUCGCUGGCCAAGGCGGUGGCCAACACCACGGCCGCCCUCGUGCUCAGAGCGAAGAACGUCGCGUCGACUUGCGAGGACCAGCAGACGCAGAACAGGGUGAUCGGCGCGGCCACACAGUGUGCGCUGGCAACCUCGCAGCUGGUGGCCUGCGCCCGCGUGGUGGCGCCCACGCUGCAUUCGGCUGCGUGCCAGGAACAGCUGACAACCGCCAUAAGAGAGGUGGCCAAAGCAGUCGAGAACUUGGUGUUGGUGUGUAAUGAAACCUGCACCAACGAAGAUCUCAACAAUCAACUCAAAAAUGCUGCUUCAGACGUGACAAGAACACUCAACGACUUGCUGAACCACAUGAAACUAGCAUCCCGCGAACGCGCGAGAGAAACCGUCCAAGAGCACAGCGUCGAGGAGAUCUACACGGCCACCGACAAGCUGUCGGCCGCCUCUGGCGAUGCCAACGAGAUGGUGCGCCAGGCGAGACGUUUGGGCCAGGCGACCGCCCAACUCAUCCAGAGCAUCAAGGGCGAGGCGGAGAAGCUGCCCGACUCGGAGGUGCAGCGCCGCCUAUUGGCCGCCGCUAAGACCCUGGCCGACGCCACCGCCAAGAUGGUGGAGGCGGCGCGCAACUGCGCCAGCCGUCCGCACGACGUCGGCUGCCAGGACCGGCUGCGCAGAACGGCGGAGGAUUUGAGAGAUGUUACGGUGGUGGCGGCCACUACGCCUGCGCUGAGGGCCAAGCUGGUGGACAGGGUGAACGUGUGCGCGAAAAAGGCCGUUUCGUCGGCGACCCAGGGAAUGAUGGCCGCCCAAGCCAGUCACCCCCACAACACCAACGCCGUCACGAGAGAAACUCUCACGCAAGACACCUACGAGCUGUCAGAAACCAUCCCGCAGUUGGUCGAGUGCAUCAAGUUGAACGGCGCCGAUUCAGAGGAUACCAACAGCCAGGUGGAGCUGAUGUACAUCGCCGAGGUGUUCCUGCACCCGGCCACCCAGUUCGUGCAGUCCGCCCGAUCGGCGCUGCCCACGCUGACCGACCACUCGAUCAGGGAGCAGGUGGCGCAGACCAGCCGACAGCUGAACGCCGAUCUGGGCGAGCUGCACGGCGCCAUCGGACGCGCCAAGCCGGCCUGCCAGGGCCUGGGGGUGGACGCUGCGCGGCAGCUGAUCGACGAUCUGCGGGAGGAGCUCGACGAGUUCCAGCGGGCGGUCGACGCGCACAGGCUGAGACCGUUGCCCGAAGAUACACCCGAAAGAGCCGCCCAACAACUGGCCUCAAGCAGCAAACUAGUCAACCAGGGCGUGUCUCAGCUCCUGAGCGCCACCGCCCAAGGCAACGAGAUGUACACCUCGCAAGCCGCCCGAGACACCGCCCACAGUCUCAAGAACCUCACCGGGGCAGUGCGAUCGGUCGCAGCCACCUCAGACAACAUCGAUGUGCAAAGAAAGAUCAUCAGCAAGGGCCAAGAAGUGCUCGCGCACUCUGCCCUGCUGGUGUCCGAAGCCCAAAAGAGCUUGCAAACUGUCAGCUUGACGCCGGGGCUGCAGAAAGCCGCCAAAGAUAUUUCACAGGCCCUGAACGCCACCAUGGGGUGCCUGCCCGGACAAAGGGAUGUCGAUACAGCCAUCACCAACAUAAUCGAAUGGUCUUCUACGAUCAACACCAGUAACUUACCGCAGACGCAGAAGAGCUAUGGUAGGCUCCAGCAGGAGCUGAACGCUGCCGCUGCGAACUUGAACGAAGCUAGUUCCAGCGUGGUACAAUCGGUGGGCAGCUCGGUGCAGUUAGCGGGAACCUCGAGGGAGUUCGCCACCGCCUACCAAGAUUUGUUAACAGUGUCAUUGGAGAUGGCGGGGCAGACGCCCGAUGUCAGCGUCAGAGGCGAGAUGGUGCACUCUCUGAAGAACGUAUCGACGACUUCGAGCGCUCUGCUGACCACCGCCAAGUCUCUGUCUGCGGAUCCGAAGCUGCCCAACGGGAAGAACCAGCUGGCUGCAGCAGCGAGGGCGGUCACCGACAGCAUCAACUUCUUGGUUGACGUUUGCACUUCAGCUGCGCCAGGACAGAACGAGUGCGACAAUGCCAUCAGGAAGAUCAGGGCCAUGGGGUACUUGCUGGACAAUCCUACCGAGCCGAUUAAUGACAGUUCUUAUUACGAGGCGCUCGAUGCUGUUAUUGAGAAGAAUAAGGCGCUGGGAGAGGGGAUUUCGGGUAUUACGGCCAGUGCGAAGGCUUCGGAGCACGAGAAGUUCACGGAGCACGUCAAUAGUUUCAGCAAUGCUAUCUGUUCGUUGAUCGAGACGUCGGCGCAAACUGCUUAUUUGAUCGGCGUUUCAGACCCGUCGAGCAUCGCCGGCCGCCCCGGGCUGGUCGACCAGGCGCAGUUCGCCCGCGCCUCGCAGGCCAUCCGGCAGGGCUGUGCCGCCCUCGCGGCCCCCUCCAGUCCGCAGAAGCAGGUGCUCGAGGCGGCGACGCUGAUCGCCAAGCACACGAGCGCCCUCUGCAACUCGUGCCGGUCGGCCAGCGCGAAGACGGCCAAUCCGGUGGCGAAGCGGCAGUUCGUGCAGAGUGCGAAAGCGGUGGCCAAUAGCACGGCGGCGCUGGUGAAGGAGAUCAAGGCGCUGGACGCGUGCUAUUCGGAGGAGAAUAGGGGGAGGUGUGCGGAGGCGACUAGACCGCUGCUAGAUGCCGUCGACAACCUCUGUGUCUACGCGAGCUCCAGCGAGUUCGCCACCGUACCGGCCAAGAUACCGGUGCAGGCGAGACAGGCGCAGCAGCCCGUCAUCGAGUCGGGUCGACGGCUCAUAGACAGCGCGUGCGCAGUCAUCGCCUGCACGAAGAACCUCAUCGUGAUGCCUGGAGAUCCGUCGACCUGGCAACAGUUCUCGGCCAGCUCCAAGAACGUCUCGGACUCGAUCAAACAGCUGGUCAUCAACAUAAAGAAUGAGGCACCAGGACGAAACGAGUGUGAGAGCGCUGCUCUGAUCAUCAAGCAUCACCUGAAAACUUUGGACGCUGCCUAUAUGGAUGCAGUGUCGCAAUCAUUGCCUCCCCAAAAAUCAGCCACCCUACCCAUCUUCAGUCAACAAGUGGCUAGGUCUGCUGCCGGAUUGUUCGACACCAUCGAACCUUUAAGGCAUGCCGCAAAAUAUGAAGCAGAAAAUAUAGGUCACGCCGUCAACCAAAUGGUGCAGUACUUCGAGCCGCUGGUGGACAGCACCAUCGGGGCCGCCUCCAACAUGACCAAUUCCAAGCAGCAGGAGCAGCUGCUGGACCAGGCGAAGUCGAUAGCCGAGUCCACGUUGCAGUUCAUCUAUGCCGCCAAAGAUUGCGGCGGCAAUCCCAAGGCCGUCAACAUCCACCCUGAUAUCGACGAGUGCGCCAAUUCCACCCGAGACACCGUACAAGAUCUGGUGACCAGCCUCGAGCACAUCUCGACGCAAAGCGGCAUCGUGUCGGGCGUGGUGGAGAACCUGACGCGGUCGAUAGCCCGGCUGUCUGACAACCGCUCGUCGCUGAUCGUGUCCGACUCCGAUAUGGGCUACGUCGACUACCAGACGCGCAUGGUGCAGUGCGCCAAGGACGUGGCCAAGAUGGCCGGCGAGAUAUCGACCAAGGCCGCCACCGAUACGCAGAAGGUGGCCCAGCUGGCAGCCGAUCUGUCGCACAGGUACGCCCAGCUGGCGGCGGACAGCAUCGGGGCGGCCGCCUCAUCCACCAACGGCGAGGUGGCUGUGCGACUCAGGGAGGUCGUUCAGCAGCUGGGCGGCGCAUGCGUCGACCUCGUGCACGUCAGCGGACAGUGUCUCGUACGCAAAGACGACAUCGUGCUGCGCGAAGUGGGCGAAUGCUCGCGUAACGUGUGCGAGAAGGUGUCCAGGGUGCUGGCGACGCUGCAGUCUGGAUCGAGGGGCACGCAGGCGUGCAUCAACGCCGCCUCAACCGUCUCGGGCAUCAUCGGCGACCUCGAGACCACCAUCAUGUUCGCGACGGCGGGCAAUUUGAACUCGGAGAGCGAACACGAGUCGUUCGCAGAUCAUAGAGAGAACAUCCUGAAAACGGCCAAGGCGCUGGUCGAGGACACGAAGACGCUGGUCGCCGGGGCUGCAGCUUCGCAGGAGCAGCUGGCCGUGGCCGCGCAGAAUUCGGUCGAGACGAUCGUCCAACUCGCCGAGGUAGUGAAAUUCGGCGCGGCCAGCCUGGGAUCUGACAACCCCGACUCGCAAGUAAUGCUGAUAAACGCCGUGCGCGACGUUGCCAGCGCUCUCGGCGACCUCAUCCACGCCACCAAGGCCGCUAGCGGCAAGCCGAUCAACGAUCCGGCCAUGGGCCAUUUGAAGGACAGCGCUAAGGUUAUGGUGACUAAUGUGACGAGUUUGUUGAAAACCGUGAAGGCAGUGGAAGAUGAACAUACGCGAGGUACCAGGGCUUUAGAAUCUACCAUCGAAGCCAUUGGACAAGAAAUGAGGGCUUUGUAUUCGAGCGACGGCUGCCGACAAGGCGUGACCCCAGAGGACCUGAUCCGCUGCACUAAAUCCAUAACGAACGCCACUGCUAAAUGCGUCUCAGCAGGAAUCAGCAACAAGCAGGACGACAUCAUAGCGGCGGCCAACCUGUCGCGCAAGUCCAUCUCGGACAUGCUGGCCAUAUGCAGGGGCGCAGCUUGCGACCUCGCGGAGACCGAGGAGCUUCGUAGAGAGACCCUGAACACCGGCCACGACUGCGCGAAGCAGUUCAGGGAGUUGCUGAUGCUGGUAUUGCAAGGCAACGGCUCGGCGGACGGCAAGCAGACGCUGUCUCUGGUAUCCAGGAAGAUCGCUCAGAGCGUCACCGAUUUGCUCAGCAUAGCUAAGAAGCUGAAAGGUUCCGACUGGGUAGACCCUGACGAUCCUACUGUGAUAGCGGAGAACGAACUUUUAGGAGCUGCAGCUUCCAUCGAUGCUGCUGCUAAGAAGCUCGCUAGUCUUAGACCCAGACAAAACAUUAAGACGCAGGACCUGGACGAGUCGCUGAACUUCGACGAGAUGAUCCUGGAGGCGGCCAAGUCGAUAGCGGCGGCGACGUCGGCGCUGGUGCGGGCCGCGGGCGCCGCCCAAAGGGAGCUCAUCGAUACGGGCAAGGUGGCGGGUGCGCCCGCCUCAUCUUCGGACGACGGGCAGUGGUCGGAGGGGCUGAUCUCGGCGGCAAGGCUGGUGGCGGCCGCCACGCACAGUCUGGUCGAGAGCGCUAAUGCGCUGGUGCAAGGCUUGGGCAGCGAGGACAAGCUGAUAGCGGCCGCCAAGCAGGUGGCCAGCUCGACGGCGCAGCUGCUGGUCGCUUGUAAAGUCAAAGCCGAGGGCGACACGGAAGCCACCAGAAGGCUGCACGCCGCCGGCAACGCCGUCAUCCGGUCCACGGACAACCUGGUGCGGGCGGCGCAGCGGGCCAAGAGCGAAGAGGAGGACAGAUACCUGGUGCUGAACAAGCGGAUGGUGGGCGGGAUAGCGCAGGAGUUCGACGCGAUAUCGGACAUAUGUAGAAUAGAACGAGAACUGAAGGAAGCUCAGAACAAACUGAGUGCCAUUCGCCAGGCAAAGUACAAGCUGAAGGGCUACAACACUUCAGGAGAUGAAACUGACGGAUACGUUAGCUCCGUACAAGAAUUUGAUACUAUGAGGAGCACCAGGGGAUACGAUUCGUCGCACUCGCAAUCCAGCCCGCAGCAGAAAUACUACUCCGACACCUACUCUCACCUAGAGAGCCCUCAGAAAGUCAACUCUUUAGAGCACAACAAGACCAACCUCAGACCGCACACCAACAACUCGAUAUACGAUCACAUCGACCACUCGCCCACCUACAACCCCUAUUCGCAAAACUCCAUUUUCUCCCCCAACGACACCUACUCCCAACCUUACGACAAACACUAUUCGGACGGCUACUCCAGCUCCGAAUACGUCACCAACACCAUCAAAACCCCCGAAGGUUACAAAUCCAACGCGUUCAAGUACGAGAACUACCACUCCACUCCCCAACCCACCUACUCUUCCAGUAGCGAGAAGUAUUACUCGAGCUUGCCGGCUGUCAUAUCUCCUUUGGAGAAGAAGAGCUUCGAGACGUUUACUAAUGGCGACACCCAAUACCAGUCGUCUUUCGCUACGAAUGUGGAGUAUAUCAACGAAGCCCCCGUGUUGAAGGACGAGGAGACGCUGGAGCAGCGGAUGCUCAAGAAGUCCGUGACGCAGCAGAUCAUCGAGAAGAAGACCGUUUCGAUGACGAGAAGUAGCAAGCAGGAGUCGUCGACUAAGAGUUUUAGGUUCGAGUGAGUUGUCGCAGUGGUUGUGGAAAAUUUUUGGUAUAAUGGAUGGGAUGAACUAUAGUGAACACAGUGAUACUGGUGGACAGGGAAAUGAUGAGUAACUAGUCCAGGAAAUGAGGAUAGAUGAGAAAAAAUUAAUUUAUGUAAAUUUGCCAAUAGAAAAAUUGAUAGUUUUCGACUACAGACAGCAGAAGGAUGAUCGUUCCAUUUGGCGCCAUAGGAAAAGAUGUUUUUGGGAAAAUAUUAGUCAUACAGAGAGCAGAGAGAUGUUCGUUACAUUUGGCGCCCGAGCAGGGAUCUAACAAAACCAAUGAAUUGAAUUUUUAUCUUGCUGCAAAUAUUAUAUACAUCCCAAAUUUUGUCUUCUCUGUGCAGUAUCUCUUCACUCCUGUCACUUUAUCUUGCUGAUUGCUCACAAUAUAAAAUAUUUCCAGAUAUAUCAAUUUCCUUUUUGACGAAUCUGUGCAAAUUAUCAUUUUCUUUUCUAUGAUGAUAAGGUGCCCAUUUCAUUCAUUAUAUAAGUGUUUUCUACUAACUGUUUCAUGGUGGGUGUAAAUUUCCGGAAGUCUGUGUAGUAGGACUUUUCACUCAGAUGAGCCAUCUAAUCAAACAAUGUCUAAUCAAAGGUACUAAAUUUCUGAACACUAAAGCUGUCUAAAGGAUUUAAGAUUUUAUGACUACACUUCUUAUGAACUGAGGAUAUUUGAGGCCAUUUACAAAGUGACUUAUAAAUACAUCAUAAAACAUUACAUUUCUUUGUUGACAACACUAGAAAACAUAUUUGGGCUGCCUCAUAGGCGCAAGUAAAAAUUCUUGUCUCACGAAUGGGUUCCAAUUGAACCUUUUGCCUAUGUUAUUGAUUUCAAUGGUUAUUUGACGUUAGGAUAUUGUCAUCUUGAUAAAAAGCUCUAUCGAUUAUGGAAAAUGACAUCGAUAAUUAGGGUUCCGAUUAUCUAUAUGUUGUGUUCAAUAUUUAUUUCAUUGUAUAAAAGUGUAUACAAAAUUCUUGACCCCAGUGCCAUUUUUCGAAUUGGUGAAUUGUAUAUUCUUUACUUAAUUGAGUGUCCUUACAUCUUGAAUGGUGCUGUGUUUCUGCUUAUUUGAAUUACAUAUAUUAUUCAUUUCAAUAACCAAAAAUAUUUAUUUUUAAUGUGCCAAUAAUAUUGUAUAAGCUUUUUGAAAUUUUAUAAUUUUAGGUUGUACAUUGUUAAACUUUUUAUCAUAUUCAAAAGAACUAAGUGCCUGCCGUUUUUUAUGUAUAAGAUUAUAUAUUAUAUUAUGUUGACAUGGUAACAAGACUUAGUAGUGCCUAAUACUUAAUAUGCCUUAUAAAAAAAUUAUAUACCUACUAGGAAUGUUAACUGAUUAUAUAAAGGAGUUCAACAGUGAAUUGAAUAAAAUAUCAUUUAACAUGUUUGUGUUUUAAUAGACAAAAAUGUUCUAAGAAUAAAAUUUUUAAAAACUUAUUGUUAUGUUAUAACAAAACGAUUCAAACGGGUCCUAGACAGUCCUUUGGGGUAAAUAGUAACUCUAUAUAGGUCCCCUGCACGAUGACCGACCCUGCUGGAGGAAUAACAUUCAUAUUGAGUUUAUCAUAGUUCAUUGAGGGCCAGAGCUGAAUUGAGCCAUAUUGAGCUCUUUACUUUUCUACCUCAAACGAGGGAGAGAGAGGAAAGUUGUCUCUUCUCCCAUCUUUCUCUUCAGUGCUACCAACGUUGUCGCAUUGAAAUAUAGAGAUAUCCGAUAAAUCUUUCCUUGUCUAACGUCUACUUUGCGCCACUGAACUAUGUUCGAAUGAUGUGACAUGUCCAUGUCAUAAAUGUCAUUGACUAAUAACCUUUCGAAUUUUUUAAAUUAAAUUUCGAAUUAUAUCAUCCUUAUGUUGACAUCAUUUGUUAAUAUCGUUAAAUUUGAGUGAAAAAUAGUUCAGUGGCACAAAUUAGAUGUUUGACAAGGACAGAUUUAUCGGACCUCUCAUUGAAGAGAAAGAUGGAAGAGGAGC